GCAUCGAAUGCACUUACGUCUUUUUAGAAUUAGUGCGACGCUAUGUAAAUGUUAUGCUUACGCUUAAUACUAAAGUGUUAUAAAGCGCAUUCAUUUCAUUCUGAGCAACUUAUUUUUAAGGAGGGCGAAGGUCACGAAAUUGUGUGGUCAUUCUGGAUAAAUGAAAAAUGCCCAUUUAUGUACAUACAUACACUCUAAAUAAUGUGGUGACAAAUCGUCACCACAAAUCGUCACGGAGGUACUACAUUUAAUUCUCAGUUUUCGGGAAAUAUCUAAUUACACCGACGCUUUGUCACCAAGGGAAAAUAGAAAUAAGUCAAAAAUUCGUAUACUUAACAGUCGCAACGUCCUUAUUUAAAAAUUAAUAGUUUUAUGUAAAACAAAAAUCUUAUAUUUGCAUCAAAAUGUCCAAUUUUUUUGCAAAUAGAGAGAAACUUGUCGUAAACCAUUACCCAAAAAUAGAACACUACAGCAGCGGGUGAUGAUUUAUCACCAAAUUAUUUAGAGUGUAGUGAUAUAUUUACUUAAUUUAUGUAUGUCGCCUGCUUUGCUACACAUUUCUCAUAUGCAUUAAUACAACACAUACAUAAUUAAACUUGUAUUUGACAUUGGUACAUACGUGACACAACUGUUCAUUUGCAUCUUAUCUGUACUACAUAUUUAUUUAAUCUUAAAAGUUUCUGUGAAAUGUUACAUUUUGUCGUCCAACGUUUUUUCCUAGUACUUCCACUAAUUUCAAGAUUUCUGCCCACUUAUUCUGCAACUGAGGAUAAUAAUACCAUUAAAAUCUGGGAAUUCAAGGAUACAUCCCUUUACUCGCUGGUUGAUGAGCCUACCUCGCAUGACUUGUCUAAGUGUAGCUCCAUCGUAAACGAGACAAUGAACGGGGUAAUCUACGCCAUCGAAGGGGAACGAUGUGUAAAUCUUUAUCAAGAAGAAACCGACUGUCACGGUCCGUUCGUUCGGUUCUUUGGACGUUCUGGUAUGCAAAUAUGGGAUCUGCAUACUUACAAAUGGUCCCAGGAAGGAGUUCUGACCAAGGAUCGGCUUAGAGCGGCCUCAAUAGGGCCUUGUUUUAAUAAAUGUGACUCCAGGAAUUUGGAGGGUAACACGGGGGCCCCCAUUGUGGUUUCCCUGUAUUUAAGUGAAGAUCAUGAAGGGAAUGCAACAACUCUACAUAUUACUGGGGAUGACUGCUACCUUAUUCCAUCCCAUAUGCCCUAUGUCAGCUCUAUUCAAAUAUCUGGGGAUGAAUCGUCCUGCAUCGAGUUGCACGAUGAAGCCUCCUGUUCCGCGGACUUUACACAAUUACGACCCUGGUAUCCGCAACUAAAUCGGUUGGAGGAUUGGUUUUCGAAAGGAAGAUUCAGAAUCAACUCUCCAUAUAAUGCCAAAGCAUUGGCGCGAUGUGGAAGCCAUUGCGGGCGAACGAUUCCAGGCAUAAAUCCCGCAAAUCCGGUACAACCGGGCAAAAAUGUUGUAACAGUUUACCCCGAAAUGGGAUAUUAUGGCCAUGGAAUUAAUGCGAACCUUUCGAACGGAUGCGCCAAUGUGGAGCGACCUUUCCUUUCGAUUAGAACUUAUGGCACCUGUGUUACCGUGUACGCCACGCCAAACUGUAGUGAGGCGAGAUUUAGUUUUAGGACGAAUGGGGAAUCCGUGGAUUAUUAUAAAACGAGAUUAUCCGCUUUAACUACGCUCCGCCGAAGAUCAAUGAAACUGUGUGAUGAUGAGCAGGAAGUUGAAAUUGAGGAGGAAUCCGUCUCAAAUCAGGGUUGCGAGUCGGUUUUGUUUGAUUGCACGCAUUUUUCCCUCGCGUGUUUUAUUACCAGCCUGAUUUUUGGUAUGGUAGGUGUCCUCCUCACUGUUCUGUGGGAGCGUGUGAAUUGAUAAUAAAUUUAAUCUUGGCCAAUUAUUUUAAUUAAUUUCCGCGAUAUUGGAAACGUGCACUUUAAUUGCUGCAUAAUAUCUAAGUACGCUAUGAGGAUCUGAGACUACACAAUCAUUAAUAUAGGGAGUAAUAUCAAGCAUUGAGUAAUUUUAAUUCGUAAUUGAGUAUUCUUGGUAAAUUGUAAUUUCCAUUGUGUAUGUAGUAGCCUUGGAAACCACUAGUGGUAAUUGUGCCAGCUCUGCUAAUUAAUUCCCGACCAUGCAUUAUUACCAGAGUCUGGUUAUGUAUUUAUUGUAAGCUUUUUAAUAACAACCCGAUUGAAUUCAAACUUUGGGACCUUGCUUCUGGUCAGGCAUAAGUCACACGGUCAAAAAAAUGUUUUCACAUAAUUCCAGGUUUUCACGCAUAUAAAUAUUUUCUUAUAUAUUUCAGCGAUUUUGUCGAAAAUAUAUAAAUUUUUUAUACACAUAAAUAUGUUUUUUAUAUAUUUCGGCGAUUUUUUCAAAAAUAUACAUUUUUUCAGAAAAACCACAGAAAUUCAGAUUACAUAAAUAAUUCCGGUCAUCGCAGAGAUUGUACCAGAGCAUGGGGAAAGGUUGUUAGUUUAUCAUUUUGAAAUGUAUAUGGUGGCAUUUUACUCUCAAAUAAAUGAAAUUUGAAGCAAUUUAA